UUCUGACGUAGCUCAUAACAGGAAAUGACGAAUAUGGCAGCAGUUAGCUAGUUAGCUUCCUGGCUAGAUGCUAAAAACAUUGGGAAGAACUCUUGUUGCUAUGAAGAGUCGCUGGAUGAUAUAAACUGACCGAAUUGCUUUUUUUGUUAGCGAGUGUAAUUACUAUUUUCUAACAGAACUCUAUUCAGCUUGUUUAUUUUGUUGAUUUGAGAGCUAACACUGGCUAUUUACAUUACUUGACCAGUCCAAAAUGGAUGACAGCAAGGUGGUCGGCGGGAAGGUGAAGAAGCCGGGGAAGCGGGGGCGCAAGCCGGCCAAAAUCGACCUGAAGGCCAAGCUGGAGCGCAGCCGGCAGAGCGCGCGCGAGUGCCGGGCCCGCAAGAAGCUGCGCUACCAGUACCUGGAGGAGCUGGUGUCCAGCAAGGAGAGGGCCAUCUGCGCCCUGCGCGAGGAGCUGGAGAUGUACAAGCAGUGGUGCUCUGCGAUGGACCAGGGGAAGAUCCCGUCAGAAAUAAAAGCUCUCCUCACAGGGGACGAUCACAAAACCACCCAGAGCACCAGCAAGACCACGAAAAGCCCAAAGAACCAGGCCAACGCCAACAGCAAGUCCGUCUGAAAGAGUCGACUCUCCAGUCAGCUGUCAAGUGUCUUCUAGAGAGGAUGUAAGAAUAUUCUAGAACAGUGCUCCAGGGUUGUACUUUCAUGAGUUGUCAGUGGUAGUCUGUUUAACAUUGCAUGGUCCACAAAUGUUAGGGCUGGUGUUCUGUAGCAACUUCCAGACCGCUAACAAGCCAAUCGAAAUGGCCAUUCUGACAGAACUUUUGAAGUAUCAUGGAAACAUGAAAAACUCCCCCUUCCCCCGCCCCUGCCAAUUAUUGCACAUAUUUAUGUGAACAUAAACUUAAAAGCUUCCUUAAGAAAAUAAAAAGUAAUUAUUUGUGGCAAUAAGGCUACCCUUUACGUAGCAGUUGCACUCAAUUUCUAUUUUAGGUAACAGAUAUUAUAUUUGUUUAAUAUAUAUAUUUAAGGUAUAGUGUUGAGAAUUUGUUCCACCGUACAUUCCAUUAAAUUGUCAAUUGCGCUUCAUCAGACUCAAACACAGCCGAUUGCAGAUGCUCUUUACUUGCAAUUUCCUUUCUCGCAAAAAGGGGAAUAAAAUCUGGUUGGGCCAGCACGUUUAUUCAGCUCAUCCUGAAUAAUUAGAAAGAGUGUGAAAGUUUUAAACCGUCAACAAUGGAAAUCUGUGCCACCACUUCAAUGUCAGAUUCAGUUUCUCCAUUUUAAAGCUGCAAGACCAUUGCAUUGUCAGAAGGCAAAGGAAGUGAUCGCCACUGGAUGUCAACAGUACCGUGUCCGUCGUCUUGGUAACCUUGUAUUCAUGUGGAAUUAUUGCUACAACUACAAAAAUGCGUUAGUAAUGCAUUGAACCCAUUCUUGUUGUGUGUCUUAUAUGUUUGGUUAUCAGGUUACAUGUGUCUUAUUUUCCGAUAAUAUUGUGAAACUGAUGUGUUAUUGCCAUAGUUAAAUAACCACCGAGAGAACAGCUGCAUUAAAUUGAUUGAAUACGCACGGAAAUGUGAUUGUUUCUGCUGUAAAGUAAGUCCUGUUACUUUGUUAUGAAAUGUUCAUAAUAUGAAGGUCCAGUUUUCAUAAACUCUAAUAAGAAAUCAUAAA